AAGAGGGAGUCGCCCCCGCGCCAAGACAGGAGCCACUGCAGCAAAGAAAAGACACAAAUACUAGAAAGACAAAAAGUGUUAGCAGCAGCAGCAGCUGCUGCAAAGAUAUUGGGCCUAGACGAGAGCAGCAAAAGGAAAAAGGAGAAGGGCUGGCAGCAGCAGCAGCAGCAGCAGCAGCACCUUGAUAGUCAACUGUAG